AUGGAUCCAGAGAAGGAUCGUGAAAUAGCUGAUCAUGUUGUAAGAAUGCAUAGAUACAGAGCUCCUGGUGAAAUGGAUGGUGAACCUUUGCCCAUAAAUUCAACUGCCGACUUCUUAACAACUCGCAAUCCUGAUGAAGAAGACAAAGCUACUGUUUCUUUAUACGAAAAAUAUGAUGCACUUCUUCAUGGAUCAAGAUCAAAAUCGGAGAAAAUACUAAGUGUUCAGUUCAUGAGAAAAUAUAUUUACAUAGCUCGCUGUCUUAAACCAAAAUUGACACAAGAAGCAUGCGAUUGCAUUGCUGAAGAAUAUGCUCAUUUGCGUACAAUGGAAACUGAACAUACAGAUCUUGCUAGGACUCAACCUGUUACUGCAAGAACGCUUGAAACGUUAAUUCGAUUGUCCACUGCUCAUGCUAAAGCACGACUCUCAAAAAACGUGGAAUUAGAAGAUGCACAGACUGCUAUAGAAUUAGUACAAUAUGCCUAUUUUAAAAAGGUUAUAGAGAAACCAAAGAAACGUCAGCGGCGUGAUAGCAGUGAUGAAGAAAUGGAAGAAAGUGAAGAACGUAUGAGAAAAAAGGAGAAAAUACUAAGUGUUCAGUUCAUGAGAAAAUAUAUUUACAUAGCUCGCUGUCUUAAACCAAAAUUGACACAAGAAGCAUGCGAUUGCAUUGCUGAAGAAUAUGCUCAUUUGCGUACAAUGGAAACUGAACAUACAGAUCUUGCUAGGACUCAACCUGUUACUGCAAGAACGCUUGAAACGUUAAUUCGAUUGUCCACUGCUCAUGCUAAAGCACGACUCUCAAAAAACGUGGAAUUAGAAGAUGCACAGACUGCUAUAGAAUUAGUACAAUAUGCCUAUUUUAAAAAGGUUAUAGAGAAACCAAAGAAACGUCAGCGGCGUGAUAGCAGUGAUGAAGAAAUGGAAGAAAGUGAAGAACGUAUGAGAAAAAAGUAAUUGAUUAUUAAAUUU